GGAAACCUUACUGAAUUUUCAUAAUCACCAUUUCACCCUUUUUAGUCAUCAACGCAAUGGGCACGUAGUAUUCGACCUGCCUUAUAAGUCAUCGGCCUCGUGGUUUCUUUGGGCCAAUGGAUUGGGCAGUCCCCAAGGGCAUCCCUAGUGGGUAUUUAUAGGCGACUCUAAGCCACACCAUGCAACAGUUUAGGCUGGCACAUCAAAAUGUUCGGUUAUCCAACUACUUCUUUGGCAAGUCUCACCCUUUGUUCCAUUCUUUGCCUGAAUGGAAUUAAAGCCACUCACCUGACGUUUCCAGGACCCGCGAAGGCUAGAUCCCUGCCGCUUAUCCUGCAAAAACAGGAGCAAGCACCAUACCCACCAGCCGGCCUGGUGCCCGAACCGCCUUUCGAACUUCCUACGGAGGAGGCAGUGGAGUUCCCUCAACCUGAUGAGACCUAUGGACCACCAGCAGACACCUACGGUCCGCCUGCGCAGGUGGAAGAGCCCACUUUUGUCUACGGCCCCCCGGAUCAACCAGCCAACGAUGACAGUUCAAGCACCUUACCACAAAGUGCGUCCAUCAUAGACUUGGCCAGUCUGCCGCUGCCUCCCCAAGCUCAGUUCGUUCUUCCGCUGCUGAGCCGCCUGACUGCCUUCCGCCCGCAGCGUCCGGUUCUUGCGACUCCGCAGCGCCGCCCUGCCAAGCUCUCCGUUCGUCCGCGGCAAAAUCCGGCCAAGAUUGUAAAUGCUCCUGUGUUCCCAUCAACUCCCCUGGCUUUACCGUUUGUGGAUCGCCGCGUUCCAUUUCGCCCGCAGCCAUCUCGCCUGAUAGUAAAUGCUCCUUUCUUACGGCCACCUAGGCACUAGACCACAUCAUCCACUAAUUUGACCUGGAACAGCGUGCACCAAUGUUUUACACACACUGUAAAUAAAGAUUGUUGUUUAUGU